AGCGAGCUGGAUCGCGGAGCGUGAGUGAAGGAGCCCAGCCGCUUGCCCGCCCGCCGCCGCCUCCCCUCCGUAAGCAGUAGCCCGGGCCGGGGCCCGGCACGCUGCCCCAGCCUCUCCCUCGUCGUCAGGCCGCGAGGGGAGCGCGCGCAAGGCAGGGGGAGGGAGAACGAGCGGCGCGGGAGGAGGCGGCCGGACCGAGCGAGCGCCCGCGCGCGUGUGGCGUGAGGGGAAGCCGCUGCCCGCCCCCUUCGCCUUCCCUUCUCUCCCCCUCCCCGCUCCCCCCCCAACCGCGGAGCAGCACCAUGUCGGCGCCGGCGGCCAAAGUCAGUAAAAAGGAGCUCAACUCCAACCACGACGGGGCCGACGAGACCUCAGAAAAAGAACAGCAAGAAGCGAUUGAACAUAUUGAUGAAGUACAAAAUGAAAUAGACAGACUUAAUGAACAAGCCAGUGAGGAGAUUUUGAAAGUAGAACAGAAAUAUAACAAACUCCGCCAACCAUUUUUUCAGAAGAGGUCAGAACUGAUCGCCAAAAUCCCAAAUUUUUGGGUAACAACAUUUGUCAACCAUCCACAAGUGUCUGCACUGCUUGGGGAAGAGGAUGAAGAGGCGCUGCAUUAUUUGACAAGAGUUGAAGUGACAGAAUUUGAAGAUAUUAAAUCAGGUUACAGAAUAGAUUUUUAUUUUGAUGAAAAUCCUUACUUCGAAAAUAAAGUUCUCUCCAAAGAGUUUCAUCUGAAUGAGAGUGGUGAUCCAUCUUCAAAGUCCACUGAAAUCAAAUGGAAAUCUGGAAAGGAUUUGACGAAACGUUCAAGUCAAACACAGAAUAAAGCCAGCAGGAAGAGACAGCAUGAGGAACCAGAGAGCUUCUUUACCUGGUUUACUGACCAUUCUGAUGCAGGUGCAGAUGAGUUAGGAGAAGUCAUCAAAGAUGACAUUUGGCCAAAUCCUUUACAGUACUACUUGGUUCCUGACAUGGACGAUGAAGAAGGGGAAGGAGAAGAAGAUGAUGAUGAUGAUGAAGAAGAGGAAGGGUUGGAAGAUAUUGAUGAAGAAGGGGAUGAGGAUGAAGGUGAAGAAGAUGAAGAUGAUGAUGAGGGGGAAGAAGGAGAGGAAGAUGAAGGAGAAGAUGACUAAUGAACACUGAUGGAUUCCAACCUUUUUUAAUUUUCUCCAGUCCCUGGGAGCAAGUUGCAGUCUUUUUUUUCCUUUUUCUUUUUAUCCCCCCCUCUUGUGCUCAGUCGCCCUGUUUUUGAGGUCUCUUUUUCUCCUUUACACCAUGGUUCUCACCUUAUUUGGGGGGGGAUGUACCUUGAGCAGAAUACAGUGGGAAAAGAAUCUUUGCCCCUUUCUGUUCCAAAUUCAUUUUUAUCCCUUCCUGUCUCAAGAAAAACUUAAUGGAAUCACCACCACCGUGCUCUGUGGGAAAAAAGAAAAACCUUCUGCUCCCUUAGCUCUGCUGGGAGCUGGAGGUUGCUAGGCCCCUGUGUAGUAGUGCAUAGAAUUCUAGCUUUUUUCCUCCUUUCUCUGUAUAUUGGGCUCAGAGAUUACACUGUGUCUCUAUGUGAAUAUGGACAGUUAGCAUUUACCAACAUGUAUCUGUCUACUUUCUCUUGUUUAAAAAAAGAAAAAAAAACUUAAAAAAAGGGGGGGUUAUAGAAGGUGAGCAAAGGGUGGGUUUGAGAUGUCUGGGUGGGUUAAGUGGGCAUUCUGACAACAUGGCUUCUCCUUCGGCAUGUUUAAUUGUGAUGUUUAACGGACAUCCGUGCAGUCUAAGAUGACACUUUUAAAAUAAAUUCUCUCCUAAUGAUGACUUGAGCCCUGCCACUCGAUGGGAGAAUCAGCAGAACCUGUAGGAUCUUAUUCGGAAUUGACAUUUCUCUAUUGUAAUUUUGUUCCUGUUUAUUUUUAAAUUUUCUUUUUGUUUCACUGGAAAGAAAAGAUGAUGCUCAGUUUUAAACGUUAAAAGUGUACAAGUUGCUUUGUUACAAUAAAACUAAAUGUGUACACAAAGGA